AUGGCAUAUACACAAACCAGAAAUCGCCUCCGAGGCAGGACGGUCCUCAUCACUGGCGCCUCGAGCGGAAUUGGUCGCAGCACUGCUCUCGAGUUUGCCAGAGCAUCGCCCGACGAACUACGACUAGUGUUGGUCGCCCGAAGAACGGACAAGCUGAACGAGAUUGCGACCGAGAUUGCAAAGACCGUGGGACAGGGAGUGCAGGUCUUCUCCUUGACGUUGGAUGUCAGCGACCCUGUCGAAGCAUGCAGCAUAAUGGAUAAGUUACCGGCCGAGUUUAGGGAUAUCGACGUGCUGGUGAACAAUGCUGGUCUCGCAAAAGGAGCUGCAAAGGCGCCCGAGAUUUCCCAAGAUGAGAUCAACACCAUGAUGUUGACCAACGUCAACGGCCUAAUCAACAUCACGCAAGCGAUUCUCCCUGUCUUCCUCAAGCGCGAGAAUGGCGGGCGAGGAGAUAUUAUCAAUGUUGGCAGCGUAGCAGGGCGCGAGCCAUACGCAUCUGGUAGCGUGUACUGCGCAAGUAAGGCCGCGGUGCGCGCGUUUACGGACUCGAUCCGGAGAGAGCUUGUCGCUACGAGGAUCCGGGUUAUUGAAAUUGAUCCCGGCCAGGUCGAGACGGAAUUCUCACUGGUCCGAUUCUCGGGGGACAGCGCCAAGGCUGCCAGUGUAUAUGUUGGAUGCGAACCCUUAACCCCGGGUGAUAUUGCGGAGCUUCUGAUUUUCGCCGCGAGCAGACGAGAGAAUGUAGUCAUAGCGGACACUCUGGUGUACCCCAACCACCAGCAGGGAGGGGCCAUCACCAUGCACCGGAACCUAUGA